GGGUGUUCAUAUGUGCACUUGGCACCAGGACACCCUAGGCCUCAGUUUGAUGAUCGACUUUAUGGUCGUGUCAUCGGACUUACGGCCACAUGUCUUGGACACUCGGGUGAAGAGAGGGGCGGAGCUGUCAACUGAUCACCACCUGGUGGUGAGUUGGCUUCGAUGGUGGGGGAGGAUGCCGGUCAGGCCUGGUAGGCCCAAAUGUAUUGUGAGGGUCUGCUGGGAACGUCUGGCAGAGCCCCCUGUCAGAAGUAGCUUCAACUCCCACCUCCGGCAGAACUUCGACCACAUCCCGAGGGAGGUGGGGGACAUUGUGUCCGAAUGGGCCAUGUUCUGUGCCUCUAUUGUUGAGGUGGCUGACCGGAGCUGUGGCCGUAAGGUGGUCGGUGCCUGUCGUGGCAGCAAUCCCCGAACCCGUUGGUGGACACCGGCAGUGAGGGAUGCCGUCAAGCUGAAGAAAGAGUCCUACAGGACCCUUUUGUCCUGUGGGACUCUGGAGGCAGCUGAUAGGUACCAGCAGGCCAAGCGGAAUGCAGCUUCGGUGGUUGCUGAGGCAAAAACUCGGGCAUGGGAGGAGUUUGGGGAGGCCAUGGAGAAUGACUUUCGGACGGCUUCAAGGAGAUUCUGGUCCACUGUCCGGCGUCUCAGGAGGGGGAAGCAGUGCAGUGUUAACACUGUAUAUGGAGGUGAUGGUGCGCUGCUGACCUCGACUCGGGACGUUGUGGGUUGGUGGGGGGAGUACUUCGAAGACCUCCUCAAUCCCACUAACAUGCCUUCCAAUGAGGAAGCAGAGCCUGGGGACUCAGAGGUGGGCUCCCCCAUCUCUGGGACUGAGGUCACCGAGGUGGUCAAAAAACUCCUUGGUGGCAGAGCCCCGGGGGUGGAUGAGAUACGCCCGGAGUUCCUCAAGGCUCUGGAUUUUGUAGGACUGUCUUAGUUGACACGCCUCUGCAACAUCGCAUGGACACCAGGGACAGUGCCUCUGGAUUGGCAGACCGGGGUGGUGGUCCCCCUCUUUAAGAAAGGGGACCGGAGGGUGUGUUCCAACUACAGAGAGAUCACACUCCUCAGCCUCCCUGGAAAAGUCUAUUCGGGGGUCCUGGAGAGGAGGGUCCGUUGGAUAGUCGAGCCUCGGAUUCAGGAGGAACAGUGUGGUUUUCGUCCUGGUCGCGGAACAGUGGACCAGCUCUACACCCUUAGCAGGGUCCUGGAGGGUGCAUGGGAGUUUGCCCAACCAGUCUACAUGUGUUUUGUGGACUUGGAAAAGGCAUUCGACCGUGGAAGUCUGGGCAUCUCUGCUCAAGCUGCUGCCCCCGUGACCCGACCUUGGAUAAGCAGAAGAGGAUGGAUGGAUGGAUGGA